UUGGCUACUUCUGCUGUGUAUUCUUCUUCUCCGUCUGAUAGGAUGAGGAAGAGGAUGCAGCCGUGAACACUGACUUAACAACUGUAUGAGGAGACCUGACAGGUAGACCACAGCCUCUCAGAGGGGUGUGGCCGCACCCAUUGAGGGCGUGUCUGACUGGAAUCUCUGGACCUUCAUCGAGGCUGUCCAUUUGUCAGUCUUUAAAGAAGAACGAACAAAGGCAGUGCCGAGGGGCGGCGACUAUGGCGAGUUUUGGGAAACUUACGGACUACUUCAACCGUCGUAAGUCCCGCGAGGAGCUGAGGGGGGGCAGGAGCUCACGGAGGAGCGGCAGCUACUGCUGUACGGUGGCGGAGGCCAGGUCGUUGGAGAGGAAGCUGCAGAGGCCUCUAUUGGCCAAGUCCCGGACACUACCCAGCAUCCCCCAGUCCCCUACCGUGGCCAGGGUCCACCACUCAGACCUGAUUGGUGGGAGUCCUCCUCGCAGGACGUCUUUGGCCAGCAACAACAAUCAGCCCAAGGCCUGCACUUUGCCCCCUGAAGGGGAGCUGUGGCGUCUGGAGGACGACGUGGAGGACGAGGAGGAGGCGGGGCGUCUGUGUGCCGCCGCCCGCCCCCGUUCACAAUCGCCCUUCUCCCACUUCCGCACACGCACCGCAUACCUGCGCAAGAGCGUCUCCGUGGACGACCCCCUGGGCAUGGUAGACUACUGCUCGUCGGCGCCCCUCGAGGGCAAAGGCAGUCGCGGCGGCAAGGGCAAGCUCAAGAGGAAGUUUGGACCCUCUGCACACAUCAACCACAGUCACUCGCGAAGCAUCGUCGCCCAUCGCGCCGCAAAAGCCGCGGCCCUUGCAGAGCAAGGGGAAGAACUAGUGCGCACCACCGCUAACUAG